GGUAUCCGUUUCAAAUGGCUCACUAUCAGGUCUUUCCGGAAAUUCAAUGCAGACGACAUAUCUGCAUUUUUCAGUUUCGCUAUUAUGGGGCAGACGUUGUGGAUUCUUAUCGGAACUUUUGAUCUUGAUUCUUGUCUAGGUUACGUUGCGCGGGCAAUCAGCGAUUAUUUGACGAAAGAAACUGGUAUCAUCGUCGCUUUUGAAUCAGCCAUCGUUCCGAAGUGGAAGGAUUCAAGAAUAUCAUUUAAGAACGUUUACAUCUCCCGAAGGCCUGAUGAGUUGGAGAAUCAACGGUCGGAAGUUGAGAGGGGACGACGCGCAGCGGCCCGCUUCGACGUAGGCCAUGGUCCUCUACAUUUCCACGAGGACGAUUAUCCGAUAUUGUCCCCAGGUUUGGUACAGAAUGCAGAGGUGCGAGGUGUCCGUGGCGUGCUAGAUCGGCGAAGUGUAACGUGGGAUCCCGAUAAGCCUCUCAACCCAGCGGACUACCGAUUCGUAGCCAAGCCUGGUGAUUUCCACCUAGAGUCCCUUAAACUCGAUGAUGUUCUAAUCACUGUAUAUCAACCUUACCAUUUCCGGCCUUUCACACUGUCUAUCUUCCAUGCAGAUUUGGGCUGUCUGCGCAAGCAAUGGUUCUGUUAUGAUUUUCUACGUGCGGACGACAUGUCGGGUCAGAUUGAUAACUGUUUGUUCAGCCUUCAUCGGCCUCAAAGCAUUGGUCGCACUGUUGAGGCUGAAAUGAAAGAUUCAAUAUGGGGCCGUAUGACUCGGUUCCGUAUUGACGGUCUCAGUGUUGACCAUCUUCAGGCCGCGACGAUCGGCGGUGGGGCGGCGGACGGGCCCAUACCCUGGAUAACUUCAGGAAAAUUCGACUUCGUAUUGGACAUCAAGUUCCCGAAUACCCAGAACAAGAAUUUCGAUAUCAACGCAAUUGUCAGCGAAAUUGCUGCCAACAUUUCCACCGUUACGACGAAGGACCGCCUUCCGGGCCAAAGAGUCCUGGCAAAACCUGCGCUAGCUCCCCCUUCGGAUUCCGCUGGAGAGGACCCGACGAGCCAGAUAUCAAUGGACGUCGACCUACGAUUUAGAGACGUUAGGGCUGCCGUCCCUCUCUUCGCAAACGAGCUAUCGAGAAUCAACAGUGCCCUCAUUCGACCGAUUGUGGCCUUCCUGAAUGCCAACCAUACCCUUAUCCCCAUUCGAUGUCAUAUCACGAAAAACCUGAGCGACUUCGACGGAUCCUUUACUGUAACCGGACUCACUGACGAAAUUGGGCUCAAGGUUUACGAUGCCCUCGCGUACCAUGUCACGCAUGCAAACAUCAAUCGUCGAGUGAAAACGGUCAGUUUGUGGAGUGUGCAGCAAAUAGCUCUAGCGAUCGUGGGGAUGAUUCGUUCGGCUACCGAGCCUCUUUCAAACAACGUUCAGAUGGCCGCAUUGAUCUGAAGGAUCUUGCGAUUAUUGUUGCAGAUAUAGAUGUGUUUAAGUCUGAAGGCAGAACGUGCUCGGGAAUCUGAAGCAAUGAGGGAAUCAUCUGUCUCCUUCGUCAACAUAAUUUGCCAUCUAUGCAGAACGAAUUUAUUGAACGUUGUUCAUGCAAUAUAACUCGAGACUCACCGGA